CCAGAUUGUCUAGCCCAGCUGAUUUAUCAACUGUACUGCAGAAAUGGAACGUAAAUCACAGAAAAUAGAUGUAGUGGUGGCAGCUCCAGAGAAGUACUUGGGGUUACAAGAUUUUACUGCAGAAGAGAAGUAAUUUCCUUCUCUUUUCCCCUUCUUUUUUUGUAUUUUUAUCACAAAGUGUAAUGGACUCACACUCCAGUCCAGUUAGUGGCGGUAAUGCACCUUUUUGGUUGCCAACCGCUAUUUUACAACCACAGAAGAAGUAGAAAAAAAGCUCAGAAUUGGGCUGGUUGUGUGAACGGUUGAGGUGUGAACGCAGCCAAAGUAACCCAAAUAGAGGACAUGAGGCACAAACAGGAGUUGUUUUUCCGCCUAAUACAUAACAGGUGCGCCUUUCACAUUAGUGAACACUUCAACGCUUGACUACACUGCGCAAACAUUUAAAGAGGAAUACAAUCAUCAUCAACGCCAGGGAGCUUUUUACUGGCGUUUUCUUUACAAUUACCCGUGAUAUGCAAGGCACCAGCAUCACUUCCCGUUACAUCUUCAUUUCUGCUUGCAUCUCCGACGCAUUGAUGAAGAGGAUGACGAUUUGGAGUAGUUAGCGGGAUAAAUCAUGAACAAAUUUGAAAUGCCGGCAUUCUCGUGUUCCUUUCCUGGCUGUCGCCGGGAUCUCCUGGUAAUAGUUUUGGUUUUGUUCGUGGGGGUUGCAUUACCUAUUGAAGCCUCUGCCCCUACACAUCCAUCGCAUGGGACUGAAGGCUCAUAUUUAACUAAUAUAACUAAUACUAAAAAGGCCUUUCCUGUACUUGCCGUAAAUUACGAGCACGUACGAAAGCCUUUUGAGAUCGCGCUAUGGAUCCUCCUCGCCUUAUUGAUGAAACUUGGUUUCCAUCUGAUCCCGCGUCUGUCAGGUGUGGUCCCAGAGAGCUGCCUGCUGAUCGUGGUAGGGCUGCUAGUGGGGGGGCUCAUCAAGGUGAUCGGAGAGGAGCCCCCAGUACUGGACUCACAGCUCUUCUUCCUGUGCCUCCUCCCUCCCAUCAUCCUCGAUGCUGGCUACUUCCUGCCGAUCCGGCCCUUCACAGAGAACGUGGGCACCAUCUUGGUGUUUGCAGUGAUAGGUACCCUGUGGAAUGCCUUCUUUAUGGGGGGCUUGCUGUAUGCCUUGUGCCAGAUCGAGAGCGUCGGUCUGAGCGGAGUUGACCUGCUGUCCUGCCUGCUCUUCGGCUCCAUCGUGUCGGCAGUGGACCCCGUGGCCGUGCUGGCUGUGUUCGAGGAGAUCCAUAUCAACGAGCUGGUUCACAUCCUGGUGUUUGGGGAGUCCCUUCUCAAUGAUGCUGUCACAGUGGUUCUGUACAACCUGUUUGAGGAGUUCUCCAAAGUGGGGACGGUCACCGUAUUGGAUGUGUUCCUAGGCGUGGUGUGUUUUUUCGUGGUGUCCCUAGGAGGGGUCCUGGUGGGGGCCAUCUACGGCUUCUUGGCAGCCUUCACCUCUCGUUUCACCUCUCACACCCGUGUCAUCGAACCCCUCUUCGUCUUCCUCUACAGCUACAUGGCCUACCUCUCCUCCGAGAUGUUCCAUCUCUCUGGUAUCAUGGCUUUGAUAGCAUGUGGGGUUGUGAUGCGGCCGUAUGUGGAGGCCAACAUAUCCCACAAGUCCUACACAACCAUUAAGUACUUCCUGAAGAUGUGGAGCAGCGUGAGCGAGACGCUCAUCUUCAUCUUCCUGGGCGUGUCCACUGUGGCAGGGCCGCAUGCCUGGAACUGGACCUUCGUCAUCACCACCGUCAUCCUCUGUCUGGUGUCACGAGUACUGGGAGUGAUUGGCCUUACGUUCAUCAUAAACAAAUUCCGGAUUGUCAAGUUGACCAAAAAGGACCAGUUCAUUGUGGCCUACGGUGGCCUGCGAGGGGCCAUAGCUUUCUCCCUGGGAUACCUGCUGUCAAAUAGUCACCAAAUGAGGAACUUGUUCCUGACAGCCAUCAUCACUGUCAUUUUCUUCACUGUGUUUGUGCAGGGCAUGACAAUCAGGCCGCUGGUUGAGCUACUUGCUGUGAAGAGGAAGAAGGAGAGCAAGCCUUCCAUCAACGAGGAGAUUCACACAGAGUUCCUGGACCAUCUCCUCACAGGCGUUGAGGGUGUCUGUGGGCAUUAUGGGCAUUAUCACUGGAAGGAAAAGCUUAACCGCUUCAACAAGACCUACGUGAAGAGGUGGCUUAUAGUGGGCGAGAACUUUAAGGAGCCUGAGUUGAUCGCCUUCUACCGCAAGAUGGAGCUGAAGCAGGCUAUUAUGCUGGUGGAGAGUGGCCAGCUGCCCUCUGCUCUGCCCUCCACCAUCUCCAUGCAGAACAUCCAGCCCAGAGCGAUUCCACGGGUCUCUAAGAAACGGGAGGAAGAGAUCAGAAGGAUCCUGAGGUCCAACCUGCAGAACAACAAGCAAAAGAUGCGCAGCAGAUCCUACAGCAGACACACUUUGUUUGACGCCGAUGAGGAAGACAACGUGAGCGAGGUGCGCCUACGGAAGACGAAGAUGGAGAUGGAUAGGAGGGUCAGUGUGAUGGAGAGGAGGAUGAGCCAUUACCUCACUGUCCCAGCCAACCGGGAGUCACCUAGGCCUGGAGUCAGACGAGUCAGGUUUGAAUCAGACAACCAGGUUUACAGUGCUGACAGUGUCCCUACUGUCCACUUUGUGCAGCCUUCCCCUCUCAGCACACCUGACGCUGUCAGCUUAGAGGAGGAGGUACCCAAGAGGCCUAGCCUGAAAGCAGACAUAGGAGAACCCAGAGGUAAUGCAUCAGACAACCACCAGGGAGAGCUGGACUACCAGAGACUAGCGCGAUGUCUGAGCGACCCCGGUCCCAAUAAAGACAAGGAGGAGGACGAUCCCUUCAUGUCCUGUUAAAGAUCUUUUAAACUAUAGCGCAUCAAAUUGGGAGAAUAAUAGGACUCCACUGUUUCAGAAGCACCUUAAUUCUCCUCUGGCACUUACUUGUAUGAGAUGGAGAUUUUUCAAAGGCAACAUCUCAAAGUAUCUAAUGUAUUGAAGGACAUUUCUAAUUUAUGUCAGUGCCAUUAUUGUUGUAUUUCUCAUGUUUGGGUCAGUGUUCUUUGCUAAUUUUGUGAUGUAAGAUAAUGUGAAUAAUUUGCCAAUGGUUCACAUACCCAUUUUUCAAUAUCAUGAAAGCAUGUGUCAAGAUUUGUUUGGUUUUCAGAGUUUUUUUUUUUACAUUGUUUUUGUGAAGUAAAAUAAUGCGGCUUCCUUUAGAAUGUAGGUGUUUGUCAGCACUUCUGUCUUAAUACGUUUUUCACAUGAUAGUGAUUCUCAUUCACUUUGCUUGCAUGAAUGAUAAAUAUGUUUUCUCAGGGACUGCAACACAGGGUAGAUGGUCAACUACCCUUAGCAGCCAGAAAACACACUCCUGGUAACUAUAUAAAUACAAAUGCAAUUUCCAGUAUGUCUUUUGACUGGAUAAAAGCCUUUUCAUAGUAAGCAAGUAACAAAAUAGAUUCCAUAUCACACGAAGUAAUCGCACCUCAUGCCUUGUCUCCAUUGUAUUUGGGGCUGUAGCUGUCAAAAUCAAUUUUGACUUGUAAGUGAUUGUUUUGUAUGUUUAAAAAAAGAAACGGGUGUGCCAAGUUUAAUAAUUUUUAUAAGAAAGACAAUGUAGGCCUAUUUGAAAUGAAAUGGGUUGAAUUGUUAGUUUGUACUGAGAGGGAAAACAAGCUUUACAGAUCACAUGCAUCAGAAAAAAUGAUGACUUCAUGACUAUGAGUUUAACAAUAAAGUGCUUAUAAAAUAAAAAUGUUUUGUUAGACAUUUUAA